AUCGGCUAUGCUUCCGUAACCCAACCAGGCGUCUGAGUGUCUCUCGUAAAGCGAAGUGAAGUUCAGAUGUCAAUAAUGUCGAUUUGUUCAGCGAUAUCAGGGUGUUACUGGCGGAGCCCAGAUUUGUUGAGCAAUCGGGAGUCGAAGUCGUUUCUGAAACUGAAAGCGGGGAGCGGGCAUGAUGAGCUACUUCCAGGCCGACGGAGAGGUGGUCCCUGUGACGGUGGUGGGCUUCAAGGAAGGCAAUAUCGUGACGCAGGUGAAGACGGAAGCAACUGACGGAUACAGUGCAGUCCAGGUCGGGUACCAAAGGGUGAGGGACAGAAAAUUGACUAAACCCGAAAUGGGUCAUCUCCAGAAGGCUGGUGCCAUCGCCAUGCGCCAUCUUCAGGAGUUUCGCCUUCUCUCCAUCGACGCUUUUCAGCCCAACCAGCGUCUCGUCUUCGACCAAAUCUUCCAGGAGGGCGAUCUUGUUGACGUCUCCGGCACCACCAUCGGCAAGGGUUUCCAAGGUGGAAUCAAGCGUCACAACUUCAAGAGGGGUCUAAUGACCCAUGGUUCUAAGAGUCACAGACAACUAGGCUCAAUCGGUGCUGGAACUACACCUGGCCGUGUAUACAAGGGAAAGAAGAUGCCUGGUAGGAUGGGAGGAACCAAGAGGAAGAUUAGAAAGCUUAAGAUUGUCAAAAUUGAUAAGGAUCUUAAUGUGGUUAUGAUCAAAGGUGCUGUCCCUGGUAAGCCAGGGAAUCUUCUGCGAAUAACUCCAGCCAAGAUUGUUGGGAAGAACAUUCCAAAAAAUUAAUGUGUGUCGUGGUUUUUUUGUUUUUUAUCGUUUUUCUUACAUUCCUGUUUAUUAUCUUCUUAGCGUUAGUGUUGGCCUUGAUUAAUUGUCUGUUACCCUGUGCCCUUAUUGUUUAUUACUCCUGCAUCAUAAAGUUGAUACUCGCCCUUAUCAUCCCAUUA